AUGGACCCAUCCGUGAGAUGGGAUCCGGAGCUGGAGGGUUCCGCGGAGAGCUCGCUACCGCAGCCUGCGCUUGCCGGGCCUCGUCCGCGUCUCCCUGCGCACCCCUCCGCGAGCGAGCCCGUGCACCACUUCGAGCGGGUUCAAACGCUUCCCCAUCGUCCUGCCGCGCGCCCCGCCUUGCCAGAGUAUUCAUGGGCGCCUGCUCGUGUUGCGUUGAACUGCCCGGACGGUCAGCCGCGGCAGGAGCGCGGGUGCUCGCCUCUGCGGCACCCUCGACAGCCGCCCUCUCCUCGCCGCCCUUCUCCUGAGCGCAGGCCAGCGCUCACCGCGAGCGCGAUCCCCCGCGCAACGUUUUCUCCUCGGCGAUCUCCGGCGACGCGGGGGAGGGGGUCGCCUGGUCGUCGCUGGGAUUCGGGUCGCCGCGAGCAGUCCCCCCCGCGUCCACAUUCGGCUGGUUCCGGGGGACGGCGGGGCUGGCGGAAGGGCGGAGGGCGAGGCGGGAAUGGCAACCAGCCUGAUCCAGCCCUCGAUCAUGCUGCGGACACGUUCGUGGAGGUGGUGAGGCAGGCCCGGGCGAGUGGGGCGCCGACUCACGUCCAUAUUGAGGUGACCAACGGUCCCCCCUUCGCCGCGGACCCAGGCCAGGUCGCUCCUCUGCGUGCGCCGACGCUGCGCGAGUAUCAGCCCGCGCGUGAGGGGAGGGCUCAGUUCCGCACCCCCCGUCAGGUUCCCGGCUUCUCUGCGCCGCGCUUGGCUGUUGGCCGGACUCCUGGCUGGCCGGCGGCGUUUCCGCGCGAAGCGCAGACUGCACCUCUCCCCACUCGCGCGGGGAGAGACCCCAUGCUGACCAUGUGCCGGGUUCUGAAUCUGGCGGAGGCGUGCGAGGUGGUGGCGAACUUGCAGCUGGCGGUGUGUGGGGCCACGAGGAGCUUUCCGAGCAGUUUUGGUCCAGGGACCCGAGGAUCCUGCGUGACUUUGGCAGAAUCACUCGAGUCGCCGUUCGCACCCGUGUCGGACGCGCCCGCCGGGGUAGCUCCCUUAGCCCGUACUUUCCCCCGCCACGUGGGGGAUCUUGUAGGGGCUGCUCAAGCCGGGACCCCCUUGGACACGCUCCAGUCGUCGGCGCAUCUCCUUCUUGCGUUGUCGGCGUGGAUGCGCUCGAUGCUUGAGGUGGAGGGGGCGGAGCCGUACACGAUGUAG